CCCAGCGUGCACCGCUCUGACGGUGCUACCGCUCCCCUCAUCUGUAAACAAACAUGGCAGUGGGCGAUGGCGGCGGUCUCGGGCCGCCCUGAGGCUCUGUGAGCGCCGGUGUCUGCCGGGGCUGCGGGCGGGCGGGCGGCUCCGCCUGCUCCUCGUGAAGGGGCUGCGGCGAGGGGGAUCGGGACUGGCGGCACACAUGGAUGACAGCAAGGUGGUUGGAGGCAAGGUAAAGAAACCAGGCAAACGAGGUCGUAAACCAGCCAAAAUAGACUUGAAGGCAAAACUUGAAAGAAGUCGUCAGAGUGCAAGAGAGUGCAGAGCCAGGAAGAAGCUGAGGUACCAGUACCUGGAAGAGCUGGUUUCAAGCAGAGAGCGAGCCAUCUGUGCUCUCAGAGAAGAGCUUGAAAUGUACAAGCAGUGGUGCAUGGCCAUGGACCAAGGGAAAAUCCCCUCGGAAAUAAAAGCCCUGCUGACUGGAGAGGAGCAAGGCAAAGCACAGCAGAACUCAACCAAACUUGCCAAGGCUGCAAAGACAGAGGCAAACAGCAGCAAUCCCUGAGGCCGAUGCAGAACCUUCCGCGCUGCAGCAGAGGUGGCUUGGGAGCUGGCAGGAGGAAGAAUGCUGUUCUCAAGAGUGGAUGCAUCCCCAGGUGCAGAGGAAAGGAUCCCAGUCUGUUCUCUUCUCCUUGCUCCUCCCCACAUGAAAUUCUUUGAUUA